AUGAAGAUUUCGAGGACAGACAUUGGCCAUGGCACGAAGAGGCCAAAGCCUAUAUUUUCCAUAGAUGUUUCUGGAACAUUGAUGGCUACAGCAUCUCUUGAUGGGGAGAUAAAGCUGUGGAACGAAAAGCACGAGCAUGUCAGGACGGUUAAGAAGCACCAAGGAACUGUUCUGUGUGUUAGAUUUAGUGUUGAUGGGAAACUGCUUGCUUCUGGAGGAGAUGAUGGAAUGGUCUUUGUGUACAGAAUAGAUGGAGAUGUUGUUGCAUCUGCAUGUGAGCAUGAAAGUGAUGUCAGCAAUGUGCUGUGGACAGAUAGGUUUCUUGUGAGUGUUGGAUAUGAUGGAUAUGUUGUGUUUUACGACCUGAAGUCAUUUGAGGUUGUUAAGAAAAUGAAGCCCCAUGAGGGGCAGAUAAAGGGGGUUUCUGCAGAUAGGAGUUUCAGGUACAUGUGUACACAAGGAGAUGAUGGAAUUGUUCUAUAUGAAGAGUUUGAGGAGGUGGGGAAAAUAGAUGCUUCGGAAGGAGUGAUUCUGGAGUCUUUUUUUUCCCGUACAAGCUGGACUCCCGACGGAGAAUUCUUUGCAUCAGGACUGUCAUUCAACAGAAAUUACAACACUGUUGAGGUUUUCAGUAAGGAUUUGAAGAACGAGUGUUCGUUUAUUGGCCAUGCAGCCCCAUGCGAAGUUGUAGCCUUUAAUCCAAGGCUCUACAAAGAAGAUAGAAGAUACUAUGUUGCAGCUGUAUCAUCUCAGGAUUUGAGUCUUUCUCUGUGGUGUUCAUUGUAUUCAAAGCCGUUUCUCUUAGUCAAGAAUCUAACAGAGCUACCGGUUCUUGACAUGUGUUGGAAUGAGAGCGGCACAAAACUAUUUGUAUGUUCGUAUGGAGGAGAGGUGGUUCAGAUAAAUGUGGAGGAGGGAGAGUUUGGCAAAGUUUAUGAGGAAGAAGAGGAUGUUUCUGGUGAAGUCUUCUUCUCCAUGGAAAACAAAGAUAUGUUUGAGAGAGCAAAAAAAGAACCUGCAGAAAGCAAUAGUAAGGAUGGUCUGGCCAAAAGCUCCAAGAAGGUUGUAAGACCUGUAUUGAUAUCAUCGGAUACUCCCGAGGAGAAGGACAAAAUAGAAGGGGUGGAAGUUGAAACCAACCAUUCAUAUCUUGCGAUAUUUAACUACAGCUGCAAGAAGUUGGCCAAGAUGGCAACAAGAAGCCAAAUGCCGAAAUCCUUUGGAGAUUUUAAAGUCGAAGUUGGAAAAGACCGAACACAUGUGUCUGUCAAAAGAGGUCCUAAGGAGUUUUACAGGAUACACGGAAGCAUAGACAUGCUUUGCAUAAACAAGAAAUAUUUAUGUCUGUACACAGGAAAGAUACAGCUGUACCAUCUCAAUACUGGGAUCCUUGCGAUGCCGUUUGUCUGUGCUGGAGACGUCGUGGCAAUAGAUGUCCUUGGUAGCAAGCUGAUGUAUCUCCAAGCCGACGGAUCAUUUACAAUACUUCUGAUAAACAAGUGCAAAGUGACUUUCAAAGGAGUAAUUCCAAGGACCGAUGGGUUGCUAUCUCUGAGAUUAGACAGAAAAUACUUUCUUGUUGCUGCAUUCCCAAGUGAGGAAUACUUCCUUGGAAAGAAAUCAGGAGUUUGGUUUCUCCGGACACCUGUAUACAACAGCAUUUGGACAGAAGACACUGACCUAACACUCGAUCACGAUGAAACACUAGCACACUUGGAAAACGAGUUUCUUAUAUCACACUUUGGAGGUGAUAAGAGAAGGUUGAUGAGGGUCGUAAAGGACAUCACAAGGGCUGCUUGUAAAAUAAGAAAGAUGGGGGACUUCAUAGAGUUCAAACUGAAGAACGUCAUUAGGAUACUCUUGGGAUCGGGAGAAAGGACCAAAGCCAUCAGGGUUCUCGAAAAGAUGAAUACCAAUUAUGCAUUACAGCCGUUUGUGUUUAAAAUGCUUAAGGAGAUAGGAAAAAUAUAA